UCCUCCUUCUCCUCCUCCUCCCUUCGCAUCACACUACACGUGAUCAUAAGCAAGGUAGACUGAGAGAGAGAGAGAGAGAGAGAGGGAGCGAGUCGCUGCGACUCAGAGCGCACAGCACUCACGGAGUGAACGGGAGGACUGCUCCGCUCGUGCAGGGUGAGCUGCCUGUUUCAUCCGUGGAUUCUAUUACACAACAACCAGACAUUGUCCGUGGGAUACUCUCGCUGCAUCAUCUCACUUUCACAGUUUUUAUUAUCUCUUUUUGUACCACCUUCCCCUCUUUAUUUUUCUAUCCCAUCCGUCCUCCCUUCUCUUCAUCUUCGAGCAUCCUCCCCUUCCUUCUCGCAAGUCUUCCUGGCUAACUUUUCCAUCCCACACAGCCUCCUCCAUCGCUCACCAACCCCUUCGACAGACCCUUCCUUGUCUUCCCUCUCCCUCUUUGGAUCGGGCGGAACCCAUUUGGUCAGUGUUCACGAGGGGGCAUUGCUUUGCUACAUGGGGCGCACGGUCUCGCUCGGAAAAUGGUCUGCUGUCGGUCUCUAGGCGCCCCGCUGAACCAGCUGGGGUUGGAGUUGCCGGUGCGCGUCUGCGUCUCUUUUCCACCUCGCCUGUGCUGCUGUCGGGGCCAGUGAGAUAUGGGUGUCUCUGAGGCACCAAUCGAGGAGCCCCGACGGCUGCGCCAGUGGAGCGGGACGGCGGGAAGCUGGCUCCGGAUCACCCUUGUUUCGUUUCUCGCUACUUUACCUGUGGAGCAACUGCGCGCCUUUCCGUCCUCCCUCAGCGACUGCCAGACGCCGACCGGCUGGAACUGCUCUGGUUAUGAUGACCGGGACACAGACCUGUUUCUGUGCGACACCAACACAUGCAAGUUCGAUGGGGAGUGUCUAAGAAUUGGGAACAUGGUGACUUGCAUUUGCGACUUCAAGUGCAACAACGACUAUGCCCCAGUGUGCGGCUCCAACAAUCAGAACUACCAGAACGAGUGCUUCCUGCGCAGGGACGCCUGCAAGCAGCAGUCUGAAAUACUUAUCGUGUCAGAGGGAGCCUGUCCUGCUGAUGCCGGCUCAGGAUCAGGAGACGAUGGAGGAGAAGGCUCAGCAGAGGCAGGGCAGAAGGAAACGUCCACCUGCGAUAUCUGCCAGUUUGGAGCUGAGUGCGAUGUGGAUGCAGAGGAUGUUUGGUGUGUCUGCAACAUCGACUGUUCCCACAUCAGCUUCAACCCGGUGUGUGCCUCAGACGGUCGCUCCUAUGACAACCCCUGCCAGGUGAAGGAGGAGUCCUGUCAGAAGCAGGAACGCAUCGAGGUCAAGUACCUGGGCCACUGCCAAGGAACCGGGAACAAAGGCGAAGAUGGACACUUUGCACGCACUGACCUCACAGUAGAGGAAAAAGACGAUCCAAGGAACGGGCUGGCGCGCGGCCUGUACAUCCCCUGUCCGGAUCACUACAAAAACUACUGCGUGCACGGAGACUGUCAGUUCCCCAGCGCUCUGGCCCAGCCCUCCUGCAGCUGUCACUCGGGAUUCAGAGGCCCCCAGUGUGACAUCAAAGAGUACAACGUGCUCUAUGUGGUGCCCGGCUCUGGCAAACUGCACUACGUCCUCAUCGCCUCGAUCAUCGGAGCCCUCCAGGUGGUCAUCAUCUGUGUGGUGGUGCUCUGCAUUACCAGGAAGUGCCCACGGACCAACAGGAUCAACCGGCAGAAGCAGAACAAUGUCCACUUCAGUUCAGAAAACACGAUGCGCGCCUCUACUCGACUUAUCUGAGCCCAGACACCCCGGACGGAGACGUCCUCCAUGUUACGGAGCGCCGUGGUGUUAAAUGUUCCCCUCUGUAGGCCAAACUCCCGACAAUUAGGAUAUGCUUACCCUCACUCCUCGCCCCCCCUUCUCUCCCAGUAUGAACUACAACGCCCAGGGAGGACGGUGGCAGAGCAAAGACUGAACUGGUGCACCAGUCAGUGAUGGACUCACACGUGGGGGACACGUGGUCAUCGGCUGCCCGACGCCGCCAAACCCCCCCCCCCGACUGCCGUGUGUCUCCUAGCACCUUGUCACGUCCGCCAGGGAUUUUCCUGAAAACUGAACCAUGAGGUGUUGGGGGGGCAUUAAGGAUACAGAAUGUGAGUGAAUGAGUGUGUGUGAAUGAGUAUUAGAUGUGUGAGCUUUGGUAGAGGAGGGCUAGCCGGUGUCUAUCGUUUGUAGAUGAAGGGGAUAAAGCAAAAAUCGGGAUAGUGCAAAGCAGGGUAUUGGCUUUAAAUGAGGUGUGUG